AUGGCAAGGAAGGAAUUUACUGCAUUAGAAAUCUCUCUGAUUGUCCUCUUUGCUAUAGUUACAAUAAUAGCUAUUGCCCUAAUUGCUGUUUUAGCAACUAAGACACCUGCUGUUGAAGAAGUCAGUGGUUCUACUUCAACCCCUGCUACCAUUCACACAACCACUGUAUAUCCUGGUUCAGGAAAAUGUCCAAGUGUGCUAAAUGAUCUUAUCAAUGAGAGAAUAAACUGCAUUCCAGAACAAUUUCCAACACAGACACUUUGUGCAGCUCGAGGUUGCUGCUGGAGGCCAUGGAAUAAUUCUGUUAUUCCUUGGUGCUUCUUCGUAGAUAACCAUGGCUAUAAUGCUGAGGGAACAACAUCAACAAAUACUGGACUUGAAGCCAAAUUAAACAGGAUACCUUCACCAACACUAUUUGGAAAUGACAUUAACACUGUUCUCCUCACAACUCAAAGUCAGACACCCAAGCGUUUCCGGUUCAAGAUUACUGAUCCAAAUAAUAGAAGAUAUGAAGUUCCUCAUCAGUUUGUAAAAGAAUUUAAUGGAACUGCAGCUUCUGAUACAUUGUAUGAUGUGAAGGUUACAGACAAUCCAUUUAGCAUUAAAGUUUAUAGAAAAAGCAAUGAUAGACUUUUGUUUGACACCAGCAUUGGUCCACUGGUAUACUCUGACCAGUAUUUACAGAUCUCAGCCAGACUUUCCAGUGAAUAUAUUUAUGGUAUUGGGGAACAUAUACAUAAGAGAUUUCGUCAUGAUUUAUAUUGGAAAACAUGGCCAAUUUUUACUCGGGAUCAACUUCCUGGUGAUAAUAAUAAUAAUUUAUAUGGCCAUCAAACAUUCUUCAUGUGUAUUGAAGAUACUUCUGGAAAGUCAUUUGGUGUUUUCUUAAUGAACAGCAAUGCAAUGGAGAUUUUCAUCCAGCCUACUCCAAUAGUAACUUACAGAGUUACAGGUGGCAUUCUGGACUUUUACAUUUUUCUAGGAGAUACUCCAGAACAAGUAGUUCAACAGUAUCAAGAGCUCAUUGGGCGACCAACAAUGCCAGCAUAUUGGAGUCUUGGAUUCCAACUUAGUCGCUGGAAUUAUAAGUCACUUGAUGUAGUGAAAGAAGUGGUACGAAGAAAUCGGGAAGCUGGCAUACCAUUUGAUACACAGGUCACUGAUAUUGACUAUAUGGAAGACAAGAAAGACUUUACUUAUGAUCAAGUUGCAUUUAAUGGCCUCCCUGAAUUUGUUCAAGAUUUGCAUGACCAUGGGCAGAAAUAUGUCAUCAUCUUGGACCCUGCAAUUUCCAUAGAGAAACGAGCCAAUGGAGUAGCAUAUGAAACCUAUGAAAGGGGAACUGCACAAAAUGUGUGGGUAAAUGAGUCAGAUGGGACUACAGCAAUUAUUGGAGAGGACAUGAAUGAAGUUUCCAGCUUUAUUCAUGGUUCAAAGAAAGGAUGCAGUGACAACAAACUGAAUUACCCAGCUUUUACUCCUGAUAUUCUUGACAAAAUCCUGUAUUCCAAAACAAUUUGCAUGGAUGCUGUGCAACACUGGGGGAAACAGUAUGAUGUUCAUAGCCUCUAUGGAUACAGUAUGGCUAUAGCCACAGAGAAAGCUGUACAAAAAGUUUUUCCUAAUAAAAGAAGCUUUAUUCUCUCCCGGUCAACUUUUGCUGGAUCUGGAAGCUAUGCUGCACAUUGGUUAGGAGACAAUACUGCUUCUUGGGAACAAAUGGAAUGGUCUAUUACAGGAAUGCUGGAGUUUGGUUUGUUUGGAAUACCUUUGGUUGGAGCAGAUAUCUGUGGAUUUGUGGCUGAGACCACAGAAGAGCUUUGCAGAAGGUGGAUGCAACUUGGGGCUUUUUAUCCAUUUUCCAGAAACCAUAAUGCUGAUGGAUAUGAGCAUCAGGAUCCAGCAUUUUUUGGACCGAAUUCUCUUUUGGUUAAUUCAUCAAGGCACUAUUUGAAUAUUCGCUAUACCUUGUUACCUUUCCUCUAUACUCUAUUUUAUAAAGCCCAUUUGUUUGGAGAAACAGUAGCAAGGCCAGUUCUUCAUGAGUUUUAUGAGGAUACUAAUAGCUGGAUUGAGGACACUCAAUUCUUAUGGGGCCCCUCAUUACUUAUUACCCCUGUCUUGAAACAGGGAGCAGAUACAGUGAGUGCAUACAUCCCUAAUGCUACUUGGUAUGAUUUUGAAACUGGUGCAAAAAGGCCAUGGAAAGGACAACGUGUUGAUAUGUAUCUUCCAGCAGACAAAAUAGGAUUACAUCUUAGAGGAGGUUACAUUAUCCCCAUUCAACAACCUGCUGUAACUACAACAGCAAGCCGAAAUAACCCUCUAGGACUAAUAGUUGCUUUAGAUGAAGAUAAAAAAGCAAAAGGAGACUUUUUCUGGGAUGAUGGAGAAACUAAAGAUGCCAUCCAAAAUGACAACUACAUUUUAUAUACAUUUUCAGUUUCUAAUAACAAAUUAGAUGUUAUAUGCACACAUUCGUCAUACCAGGAAGGAACCACUUUAGCAUUUGAGACUAUAAAAAUCCUUGGGUUGAUAGACACUGUUACAAAAGUUUCAGUGAUGGAAGAUAAUCAACCAAUGAGAGCUCACUACAAUUUCACUUAUGAUACUUCCAACCAGAAUCUACUAAUUUACAAUCUCAUGUUUAACCUUGGAAGAAACUUUACUGUUCAAUGGGAUCAAACUUUCUUGGAAGCUGAAAAGUUUACUUGUUAUCCAGAUGCAGACAUUGCAACUAAACAACGCUGUGAAGAACGUGGCUGCUUAUGGGAAACAGCUCCUUUAGGAUCCAAAGCACCUGAGUGUUACUUUCCUAAAGAAGACAACUCUUACUUAGUCCAGUCAACUCAUUACUCAUCAGUGGGUAUAACAGCUGACCUCCAGCUGAAUACUGUAAAAGCUCGAAUACAGCUACCUUCUGAUCCCAUCCCAACUCUUCAUGUGGAGGUGAAAUAUCAUAAAGAUGAUAUGCUGCAGUUUAAGAUUUAUGACCCCCAAAAUAAGAGAUAUGAAGUUCCAGUACCAUUAAACAUUCCAGCUACACCGACAAGUACUUAUGAAAAUAGACUUUAUGAUGUUGAAAUCAAGGAAAAUCCUUUUGGCAUCCAGAUUCGAAGGAGAAGCACAGGAAGAAUUAUUUGGGAUUCUCGCCUUCCUGGAUUUGCUUUUAACAACCAGUUCAUUCAAAUAUCUACACGCCUACCAUCAGAAUAUAUAUAUGGUUUUGGGGAAAUGGAGCACACAGCAUUUAAGCAAGAUCUGAACUGGCAUACUUGGGGAAUGUUCACAAGAGACCAACCACCUGGUUAUAAACUUAAUUCCUAUGGAUUUCAUCCCUAUUACGUGGCUCUGGAAGAUGAAAGCCAUGCUCAUGGAGUUCUCUUACUUAACAGCAAUGCAAUGGAUGUUACAUUUCAACCAACUCCUGCUCUAACAUAUCGCAUAAUUGGAGGAAUCUUGGACUUUUAUAUGUUUUUGGGCCCAUCUCCAGAAGUCGUAACAAAGCAAUACCAUAGAGUAAUCGGCCAACCAGUCAUGCCACCUUAUUGGGCUUUGGGAUUCCAGUUAUGUCUUUAUGGGUACAGAAAUACUUCACAAGUUGAAGAAGUAUAUAAUGACAUGGUGGCUGCUCAGAUCCCCUAUGAUGUUCAAUACACAGACAUUGAUUACAUGGAAAGGCAACUAGACUUUACGAUUGAUGAAGAAUUCCGUGACCUUCCUCAGUUUGUUGACAAAAUAAGAAGUGAGGGGAUGAGAUACAUUAUCGUCCUGGAUCCAGCAAUUUCAGGAAAUGAAACGAAGCCUUACCCUGCCUUUGAAAGAGGACAAGAGAAAGAUGUCUUUGUCAAAUGGCCUAACACCAAUGACAUUUGUUGGGCAAAGGUUUGGCCAGAUUUGCCAAAUGUAACAAAAGAUGAAAGUCUAAUAGAUGAAGCUGUUAAUGGUUCCAGAGCUCAUGUAGCUUUUCCAGAUUUCUUCAGGAACUCCACAGCAGAGUGGUGGACAAGGGAAAUUAUAGAUUUCUACAAUAACCAGAUGAAGUUUGAUGGCUUGUGGAUUGAUAUGAAUGAACCAUCAAGCUUUGUAAAUGGAACAACUACUAAUCAAUGCAGAAAUACAGAGCUAAAUUACCCACCUUAUUUCCCAGAACUCACAAAAAGAACUGAUGGAUUACAUUUCAGAACCAUGUGUAUGGAAACUGAGCAGAUUCUUAGUGAUGGAUCAUCCGUUUUGCAUUACGAUGUUCACAAUCUAUAUGGAUGGUCACAAGCGAAACUUACUUAUGAUGCAUUGCAGAAGGCAACUGGCAAAAGAGGAAUUGUUAUUUCUCGUUCCACAUAUCCUACUGCUGGAAGAUGGGUAGGACACUGGCUUGGAGACAACUAUGCAAAAUGGGACAAUUUGGACAAAUCUAUCAUUGGUAUGAUGGAAUUUAGUUUGUUUGGAAUGUCAUAUACUGGAGCAGAUAUCUGUGGUUUCUUCAACAAUUCGGAAUAUCAGCUCUGUGCCCGCUGGAUGCAACUUGGAGCAUUUUAUCCAAAUGCAAGAAGUCACAACACUGCAUUUACUGGAAGACAAGAUCCUCCUUCUUGGAAUGCAACUUUUUCUGAAAUGUCAAGGAAUAUUCUAAAUAUUAGAUACACUUUAUUGCCCUAUUUCUAUACACAGAUGCAUGAAAUUCAUGCUCAUGGUGGCACUGUUAUCAGACCCCUUUUGCAUGAGUUCUUUAAUGAAAAGCCAACCUGGAAUAUAUUCAAACAGUUCCUGUGGGGUCCAGCAUUUAUGGUUACCCCUGUAUUGGAAGCUGACGCUGACACUGUAGAAGGCUAUGUCCCUAAUGCUCGGUGGUUUGAUUACCAUACAGGCAAAGAUAUUGGUGUCAGAGAAAAAUUUCAUACAUUUGCAGCUCCUUUAUAUGAAAUAAAUCUACAUGUCCGUGGUGGUUAUAUUCUACCUUGUCAAGAGGCUGCUCAAAACACAUUUUACAGUCGAAAAAAUUACAUGAAGCUCAUUGUUGCCGCAGAUGAUAAUCAGAUGGCACAAGGAUCUCUCUUUUGGGAUGAUGGAGAGACUAUAGACACCUAUGAAAGAGACCUAUAUUUCUUUGUACAAUUUAAUUUAAACAAGACAAUCUUAACAAGCACUAUACUGAAAAAUAGUUACAUAAAUGAAAAUGAAAUGCGGCUUGGAUACAUCCAUAUAUGGGGUAAAGAAAAGACUCCUGUUAGUGAGGUUAAUCUCAUAUAUAAUGGAAAUAAAGAGUCUGUUAACUUUGAAAACUCAGACCUGGAGACUACUACUGACAUGAUAUUAAACAUUGAUCUAAGACAGAAUAACGUUACUCUAGAUGAGCCAAUAGAAAUCAACUGGUCAUGA